AUGGACGCCCAUGCAGCACCUGUCGCAGGCCCAUCAUCCUCCUCCCAACAACCUGGCAGUCCUCGCAUCGCCUCGGACGCCAUAGCCCCCCGAAACUCCUCAAAGCACCACGCCUCCCCCUCUCCACCCUCCACUCCCACCAAUCGUCGCCGGCCGACACACAGGGAGCAAGAUCGGGAUAAGCGGCCUCUGCGCCCUUCUGCCAGUGUGCCCAAUGUGAUAGACCCUACCCAGCGACACUCCCACGGCUUGUCGUGGUCCAGCACCACACGCGACUCCGUCGUGGACGGCCUGCUGGUGUCGCUCGACAGUUUUUCGAGAAGCGACGAGCGCACCACGCCCAAUGAUUCCCUCUUCGACACCUCAAAGUACAUGUUUUCCCAGAAGCCGCCUCCGCUUCCGAUACAGAGCUCGACACGGAGCCUUGCCUCGACGUCAAACGACGGCAAUCCUAUCACAAUGCCCGACUCUCCUACCCGCAGACACGCUAGACGAAGUCUGAGCGGCUCGCAUCCCCAGCGAAACAGCACGACAAAUGCAAGAUCAAGCCCGACAAAAGACUGGAGGGACAGCAGAACAAGUACAGACAUACAAAAGCCUACGGCCAACCCCAUCGAUUCUGUGAUCCCCACAGACACCCCCGAUCGUGGCCGUUUCCAAUACCCCCGCGACUUGAUAGCCGACAAAGCAAACAAGCGCUGGAAGAGGAGGUCCAUGAGCGUGGAUCAGAUCUUCGCCGAUGCUGUUUUCAAUGCCUCCAAUUCGGUCAUCGACCGCGGUCGCCCUGUCCCCUCGUUAUUUAGCAAAUACGAUGCCGGGUACGACGUGGCACCGGAGCCGUUGAUCGCAGGUGGGCCGAGAGGAAAGGACAACCCAACCGCUCGAGGGCCUGUGUACCUCGAUCAAGCUGCGCAACGAUCGACGUUGCGCAAAGUCACCACUCAUACCGAUCUCCGAAUGGCAAGCGCUCAGAGUCCUCUCAGCCCGACAAUUUCACCGGCAGUCAGGACCCAAGCUACGAAUUUUGUGCGUCAGAACGCGAUCCGGCCGGAGACGGGAGAGCAUUCGAAAGCACAGCCAAGUCCGGCGUCGUACAACUCUACAUCGCAGCAUGGUCCGCCUUCGGUGAGGGAGCGACCAGGCUUUUUCAGGCGAAUGUUUGGUGGAGGAACGUCUUCGCGCAGCACACCCAUUCCAUCCGCUCCUCCGCAACUCCCUCAAAUCCCAGUCCAAGCUUCUAGUAUCCAUCCUGCUCUGCGUAACAACCCUCCAGCGGAGUCUCAGCCAAUGAUAGCAGCUACGCCACAGUCGACAAAAGAAAGCCAGCCACCUGGUUCCCCUUCUUCCCUAAAUAAGAGGCCGUCAACUCUGUUCCGACGCCGGAAGAAAUCCCUGGCCAACGCCCCGCCUCCUCCACCUCUACCCCUGGCUUUUCUGAAAGACGCGAAUGGAAAUGCGACCUCUCAAGCGGAUAGUUUGCUCAAAGCCAUGGAUCCAUACCUGGCUGCCAAUGACAAAGGAGCUCCGAACAAGAAUGGCGUCUCACGGCCCUCAACUCGGGAGUCGACGACUGAAGACUCGGAUAAUCCCGACAUCUUCCAUUCAGGGUAUACGCCCAAGUUAGGUAGCCGCGACUUUCCUCCGGUGCCACCGCCAAAAACGAGCAUCGAAAAGGGAGAAAGUCAGCAGGCCAAGAUGAAAGUCAAGAAGCGCACGCCUGAAACGCUAGCGCCGAUUGGGACGAGUUUCCUUCUGAACCCGAGCAGUAAAGAUCUGUCCGCAGCUUCAAUGAGCCCUGUAUCGCCAAUUGCACCUUCGCCUCGUCAAGAGACUGCCGCUCGAAGCAAGGCAAGCACCGUGAAUCGAAUCGCCAGCUCCCCAGUCAGCCCUGUCGAGUCGCCUUUUCCCCCGCGCAAAACGAGUGUGAUUAGCUCGGUCGGCUCCGAUCGGCCAGACUCAAAGACUUCCAACCGCGUGGCUGCUAAGCCCUUGACGCGAGAUCAGCCGCUGGACGGCCAGACUUCUCUCUCCAAGGUCGUGGAAUCGCAGUCGCGCAUGCGGACCGGAGGGUCGCCCACGAUCGAAACAGCUACAGGCACGAUUGCCCCUUCGAGAGUGUACACGCCCACAUUGGCAUCCUCUCAAUAUCAUUCGGCUACUAGCUUGCCACUUCCUGGGGUACAAGUACAGGACGAGCCUGUGAAAGCUUCAUCCGAGCUCGUCGAUGAUGGUGCCGAGUACCGCGAGCGUGCCCGCAAGAUCUACGAGGGCGACGAGGAAGAUGUCACGAAAGCGGAAGCCUCAGCCUGGCUUGGCGAGAGGAAUACUCUCAGCACACGAACGCUGGCUGCGUACAUGGACCUCUUCGACUUCACGGGGAUCAACAUUCUGGCUGCCCUCCGACUCCUUUGCGAGAAGCUGGAGCUGAAAGGCGAGACGCAGCAGUUUGAUCGAAUCAUCACUGCCUUGUCUGCGAGAUGGUGUGCGUGUAAUUCGACUCACGGGUUCAAAGCGCAAGACGUCAUCCAUACCAUCUGUUACUCCCUCAUCCUCCUCAACACGGAUCUGCACCUAGCAGAUAUCGAAGGGAAGAUGUCGCGUAGUGCGUAUGUGAAGAAUACGCUCCCGACUAUCAAGCGUGUGGUUGCUGAUGCGGCUCCGAAUGCUUUUGACAAUACUGUUCGGCCUGCACCUCUGGCAUCCAGGCCUACACUCCCGUGGAGCAUCUCCAGUAAUUCGGUGCCUCAAACUCCGGGAUCUCCAGGCAUCGCUGCAAGUGGGCGUCAGUCUCUGGACGAGCGACCAAUGCAACAAAAGCAGCUUUCAGCUCGCCCUCCAGCGGUCCGGCAGGAUUCCGAUACGGCGGACAGCACCGCCGGCUCAAGCUCCCUCGUCAAAGAACCUUGGACCGGAAGCACGCGUGCUUGGGAGUCGGAGAUCGAGGCCAUCCUCAAGUCCUUCUUCGUCGCCAUCAAGCUGGAGCCGCUGCCGCUGCGUGGCGGUCCUGUCGCCGAACAGCCCACCACCGAGCGCAACUUGUCCGUCGCCAAUCUCACCGGCCUGAAGCGAUCAAAUUCCGUGCUGAGCAAGAACGCGUCCGACACGGCCUCCUCGCGUUCCAAACCGGGACUGCGAUCCAUGACGCUCGGCAAGUAUAAUUUGUCGCGCUCCAAAAUCUACUCUGCAAGCACCCUCAGCUCUUCGAAGACGAGCUUCGAUGAUGGAAAUAGCCUCUUCUCCCCUGCGCAGAGCAUGUGGAGCAGGACUCUUACUUCUGCCUCCGCGCACAGCCUCGGCCAGCACUCUUCUGCUGCUGAUUUCAAGCACUCCAUUGGGUUCGCAAACGCCCUCUCGCAAGCCAUCAUUCGCGAAGAGCAUGCAGGAUUGGACAACGACUCGGCGUCAAUGUCCGUUCCACGCGCGCUACUCGAUGAUGAGGCCCUGACGCUUGAAGGCGCCCCGUGGGCAAAAGAAGGCCUGGUAAAGCACAAGCACCAUCUGGAGACGCCGGGCAAAAAGGCCAAAGAGCGCAACUGGGUCGAUUGCUUCGCCGUCAUUAGCAAAGGCAAGCUCACCCUAUUUGCGUUCCACACCUCCACCACCAAAGCCGCCUCCAUGGGCCGGAAAGCCCUGAGUAAGAACCAAGCCGGCGGCCGCGGCGCAAAAGUCGGUGGCGGCGACUGGAUGGAGAAUGCGGAGCAACUGGACUCUUUCGUCCUGCGCCAGACCAUCGCCUCCACCCUCCCGCCGCCCGGGUACAGUAAGACGCGCCCGCACGUGUGGGCGCUGAGUUUGCCCACGGGCGCGGUGCACUUGUUCCAAGUCGGCACGCUCGAGAUUGCGCGCGAGUUCAUGAGCACCGCGAAUUACUGGUCCGCGCGACUCAGCAAGGAGCCGCUGUCGGGCGGCGUCAGCAAUGUAGAGUACGGAUGGAGCGAGCAAGUCAUUAAUCCCGCGCUGAUCGAGCGGACAUCGACUCCCCCUCUUUCUGCCGCUGCAGCAGCGCGCAAUAGCGGAAGCGGCCCACCCAUCUCUUACCGCCAGCACAAACCGUCCGCCUCCGUCGGCACCAUUUCGAAGCAAAGCAUGACCUCGUCGCUGCGCACGAGUCUUGAUGCCGUGGGCAGUGGCAAGGCGCGGCUCCCGGCGGACAAGGUGCAUUUGGCGGAGUGGCAGCCGCCGACGCAGAGCAUGAUGGCCAGCCAGUUGAUGGAGGUGGAUCAGCUGAAGGCGCUGACGGCGUAUGUGGGGCAUGUGGAGGCGGAGCUGGCGCGGCAUAACGAGUUGAAGGGGGCGAUUGAGUUGGCGUUCACCCAGCGCCACACCAACUUCAACCGCGCCCUGGCCAAUUGGCAGAAGAAAUCGGAGUACCUGCUGCGCGAGAAUAUCAAAUUCCAGACGUACGUGGAUAGUUUGUCGGCCGCGCAGAAGGCGCGAGAGCAGUUUUACGCCACGAAGACUUCGCAGGCGGAGGAUGCUGGGGAGAAGGAGACGGCGAUGCCGCCCGCCGCGCCGGCGGAAGUGGAUGUUGAUGAGGCUAUUCAUCGGGAUUUGGUGGGGAGGGGUGAGGAGGAGGUUUGA